UCGUGUUGGCGGCGAAUUUGCCCAUCUCUAUAGACGACGCCGCUUUUUAGAAAUACAGUUCGUUUUUGAGUUUGUGAAAAUUACAGGAAAAUAACUGGCGAUGGAGGAAACGCACGACUUCCAGUUCGUCCUCCCGCUGAACGCCUCCGACCUCAUAAACUCGAGCGGCGACCAGUACUACGUGAAGGAGAUAUUCGGCAGCGCCGAUAUUCCCGCUAAACUUCUGGAAUGCAAGAGAAAAGUGCACCAGGGAGAUCCCUUCUAUAUAUUUGAGCACUUUGACCUGUACUACUCGAUCCUGGAGGAUCGCGGCUCCAAUGCCGCCGCCUCCCAGAACCAAAUGAGAUCCUUUGACCUGCUCUACUUGACGGUGGACAAGCUUUUCCAGGAUCUGCAGCCUCUGCUGACGGCCAGCGAACCCCUCUCCAAUGCGCAGCGCAUUCGUUACUUGAAUCUGACCAAGAUGACGCUCUUCCUGAUCGUCAGCACCGUGAAGAAGAUCAACAACAGUGUGCAGCAGGCGCUGCGCGAUCAGCAGGUGAAUGUCCAGAAGAAGCGGGCCAAGCAGCCGGAGGGUCUGGAACAGUUUCCCAAUUGGGACGCCAAACGCGGCAAGUUCCUGGUGCAGCUCUUCAAUGUGCUCCAGUGCCCGCUGGAGAAGCUCUGGAGUCCGCCCGUCGCCGAGGAGGAUUUCAUAUCUUUGCUCUGCGACAUAUGCUAUCGCACCCUGGAGAUGCUGCCGCUUCGGCCGGACAACAGGCAUGUCUUCGACACCAUCUUCCAGAUCCUGGGCACCUCGAUUAAGCGCUUCAACCAGGCCAUGACCUUCCCCGUUCGCAUCCUGCAGAUCCUGCGCGGCACUGAGCACGCAGCCGCCUCCGUGGCCACCGGAAUUCUGCUGUUGCACGAGGAGUACGGCAUUUCGUCGGUCUUUUCGAUCCUCAUCAAGAGCAUCGUGGACGCCUUGAAGCUGGACAGCUCUGAUUCCACCGUUUCCAAGCACUUCUCCAACUUUCUGGCCGAGUUCUCGACCAUCGCGCCUGCACUGAUCAUUCCGCAUCUGGAGAAGCUGGCCGAUGAUCUGCUGGACUGCCAGUCGCACACGCUGCGCAAUUGCGUGCUGCAGAUCAUCGGCGACACGGUGGUCAGUGAACUGACCUCGGAGGAUCUCAGCGAGGAGCUGAAGGAAGUGCGCAACGAGUUCCUCGAGCAUUUAGUGUCCCACAUCUUGGAUGUAUCUGCGCAUGUGCGCUCCAAAGUGCUGAGCAUCUGGCACCACUUGAAGGUGCAGCACGCGAUUCCGCUCAACUUUCUGAUCCGCGUGCUAGACGAGGCAAUUGGAAGACUGGAGGACAAGAGCUCGCUGGUGCGGCGUGCCGCCAUGCAGCUAAUCAAGUCCGCUUUAGAAAGCAAUCCCUACAGCAGCAAACUAUCGCUGGAUGAACUGCGGGCCAAACACGAGCACGAGGUGAAGGCCAUGGAGACGCUGAACGAAGUGCUCGAGGAGGAGCGCAAGCAGGAGGAGAAGCUCAACGAAGAGUUUGGCGCCCUGGCGCCCGAACUUUUGCCCUGCAUUGAGGCGAAUCUCAGGGAGUUUCCCGACAUGCAGUUCGACAAGGAGGAGAGCGACGAGACCUUGCUGGAGCGCAUUGUGCCGCUGAUGCGUGAAAAGAACUACAAGGAUGUGAUUGUUCUGGUGCGAAAGGUGGACUUUCUGGCCGGUAAUCAAAGCAUGAGCUCCCUGCUGAAGCACGAGGAGCAUUGCGUCUAUGUGCUGGCCCUGCUAAAGUCAUAUCACCUGCUUGCUGCCGGGUUUAAGCAGAGUAGCGAAGAGAUGCUGCAGCAGAUCAAAACGGUGCAGUUCCUGAAGGACAGCAUCGACUUUGCCAUGCUGAUGACCUCGGCGUUUCCCAAACUGCACGAGAUGCUCAUGUCCAAGACGAACACGGAUGUUUUCGAGGCCGUCGACCUGUUCACCACCGGCUACAUGUUCGGCAUCCAUGGCACGGAAUCGGGAAUGCAGCGGAUGCUGCAGCUUGUGUGGUCCUCGGACAAGGAAAAGCGCGAUGCCGUGUCGGAUGCCUAUAAGCGGGUUCUCUUCUCCACCGACCAAACGGGCCGUGCCCACGCCAUCCGUGUGGUGCAGAACCUGUCCAAGUUCAUCUCGGAGAUCGAGUACGGCCACUACACGGCCAUGGAGUCGCUGAUGGACGAGUGGGUGGCCGGUGGCGAUAUCGACGCCGCCGUCAUCACGGUGCUCUUCGAGCGAUUCACUCUGAAACUGGAGGGCACCACCGCCAACGAAUCUCGCCUGGCGCUGCAGCUCCUCAUCAUGGCCUCUCAAUCGAAGGCCAGCAUUGUUUCCGCGAAUACUAAUAUAAUCGAGGACAUUUGUACAGGGGAGCGGGUUCGCCGAGAUCCUCGCCUUUUCACCUCCUGCCUGCAGCUGUUGGUCAACUCAAUCGAUGCGAAUAACAAUGCCAAGUAUUACAAGCGACAGAACAGCGAUGCCGAGUUUGUGGGCAGAAUCACACGGCUCUUCCUCGACUUCUUUUUCCACAAAAACCUAUCCGACUUUGAUGGUCUGGCUAUGAGCGUGUUGGAGUACUUCUACAGGAUGUGCCAGGCGCCCGAUGUGAUUGCCCAGCAGCUGGUGGUGGCUCUGCUCAGGCGUUUCAACGAUAGCUGGCUGGUCAAGGAGGGAAUUGCAGCGUCCCCAGAAGCGGCAGACAAGGAGAACCAGGUGCUGGAAUCGCAGACCUUGGAGAUUCCCUACUCGCAGACCCUUAAUCCCACUCAGACGCAAUCGGAUGGCCUCACGCAGACGCAGGGCGGUCUGAUCCCCGUUUUCCUGGUCUCCCGCUUGGUCUUCUGCAUCGGCUACAUGACCAUCAAGGAGAUGAUCUUCCUGGACAUGGACAUCUACAACAACAUGAAGUAUCGCGACGAGCUGACGGCGCUGGAGGAGCGUAAAAAUCGCAAUCAGCAGGCGGCGGGAAAUGCGAGAAACUCGGCCAGGCUCACCCUGAAUCUCUCAGCAAUGGAGGUGCGCAAGCGACUUUCCGGAGUGGCGGCGGAACCGCAGCAGGAGCCGGACGACGAUCUAGUGGGCGCCACCGCGGAGGACAACAUUGCCGAGGAGAUCCACGGCAUCUGUGAGGAUAUGCUGCUGUACAACCCGGAUGCCCUGCUCUCCAAGCUGGCGCCAUUCAUCAUAGAGAUUUGCAAGCGGCCGGGAGAGUUUAAGGACCCGAAACUGCAGCAAGCGGCGAAUUUGGCGCUGGCCCGUCUGAUGACCGUCUCCUCGCGCUUCUGCGAGACCAACAUGAGCUUCCUGAUGAACAUCCUCAACCUCACCAAGAACAUCAAGAUCAAAUGCAACACAGUGGUGGGCCUGUCGGAUCUUACUUUCCGUUUCCCGAAUAUUAUAGAGCCCUGGACGGGUCACUUUUACGCCCAGCUGCACGAAUCGAACACCGAGUUGCGGUUGACGGCGGUUAAAAUGUUGUCCCACUUGAUCCUCAACGAAAUGAUACGCGUCAAAGGUCAAAUUGCCGACAUGGCGCUGUGCAUUGUGGACGGCAACGAGGAGAUUCGCAAUAUCACCAAACAGUUCUUCAAGGAGAUAGCCAACAAGUCGAACAUUCUGUACAACGUUCUGCCGGACAUCAUCUCCCGUUUGGGCGACAUCAACCUGAACCUCGAUGAGGACAAGUACCGCAUCAUCAUGUCGUACAUCUUGGGACUCAUACAGAAGGACCGGCAGAUCGAGACGCUGGUGGAGAAGCUGUGCCUACGCUUCCCGGUGACGCGGGUGGAGCGUCAGUGGCGCGACAUCGCCUACUGCUUGGGCUUGCUCACCUACAACGAGCGGGCGGUGAAGAAGCUAAUGGACAACAUGCAGCACUACAGGGAUAAAGUGCAGGUGGACGAGGUCUACCAGUCCUUCAAGCUGAUCAUCAGCAACACCAACAAGCUGGCCAAGCCGGAGCUCAAGGCUGUGGUUACAGAGUUUGAGAACCGAUUGAACGAGUGCCUGCAGGUGAAUCCGGAUGGUGGGGCGCAAACUGGCGAUCAAGGUAAUGCCGAGAGUCAGGCGAAUAGGACCAGGGCAGCCAGGCCACAGAAGGGCGGUCGAAAGGCGCCGGCAGGCAAAAAGACUCCUGCGCGGGGACGCGGACGACGUGCUCGCCAGGAUUCCACCUCGGAGGAAAGCACAUCGAGCAGCGAUGAUUAGUUCGAUCCUUAGGUAGUUAGACCUUUUAAUGGAUUUUUAAAUUAUGUAAAAACAUCGGUUUUAAUGAAAAUACGAAUAAAGCACUACACUUAAUUUUAA